AGACAACGUCUGUUCAGACAUGCCCUUUGCCCCACCUCAACCAGACAUCACCCUAACAACAGAUGCGUCUCUUCAAGGCUGGGGAGCCCACACGUUGGGACUGACUGUCAAAGACAAAUGGUCCAACGAAGACUCAAACCUCCACAUCAAUGUGCUAGAAAUGCUAGCUGUAGAAAAAGCUCUCAGAGCAUUCCAAAAUCUGCUCUCCGACAAAGUGGUCCUCCUCCUGACGGACAACACCACGACCAUGUACUACCUCAACAAACAGGGGGGUACGAGGUCCAAGACUCUUUUGGACAUCACACUCAGGAUAUGGGAGUGGUGCAUACAACACAGAAUACUGCUUCAUUGUGUUCACCUCCCAGGAGACGAAAACGACCUGGCGGACAAGCUGAGCAGAUCCAAGUCAACAUGCCACGAGUGGAUGUUGCACCCAGAAGUAGCUGCUAUUCUCUUUCAACGAUGGGGCACCCCCACAGUGGAUCUGUUUGCCUCGCCCACCAAUGCUCAACUACAAGCUUACUGCUCACGGAUUCGUGCAGCCGAUUCUCUGGGGAACGCCUUCCAAUUCCAAUGGACAGACGGUCUCUUGUACCUCCCCCCUUCCCGCUAAUCACCAGGGUAUUAGCAAAAAUGUGGAUGGAUUCCACGAAUGCGAUUCUGAUCACUCCAUGGUGGCCCAGACAACCGUGGUUCGCUCCAUUGCUACAACGAGCCCAAGAAUAUCUUCGCCUGGACCACAGACCAGACUUGCUCUCGCUUCACGGCGGACAAGUUCACCAUCCCGAGAUGCAAUCCCUCCAGUUGGUGGCGUGGAGGAUUCGACCUUGAGAUCACUACCUUCCGAGGUGAGGGAGAUCAUCAAAGCGGCACAAAGACCGUCUACACAGAGGUCCUAUGCAUAUAAAUGGAACAAGUUCCUUUCGUUCCUACGAACCAGUGGUAUUGCUCUGUCCAACGUUUCUAUCCCGGUAGUCCUGGAUUUUCUUAUGACACUGACUACCGCCGGCCUCUCUUUGAGCUCCAUAAAGGCUUACCUUUCUGCCAUCUCAUCUCAUUACUUGGUACAGAACAAGCCGUCUUUGUUCAAAGACCCGCUCAUAAAAAGAUUCCUCAAGGGACUCAACAACCUACAUCCACCGGUUGCAGAUCCCUCUCCACAGUGGAGCCUGGACACCGUAUUGGCAAUUCUGAUGUCCAAACCAUUUGAACCUUUAGCUACCACAGAUCUGAGACUUUUGACAUGGAAAACAGCCUUUCUGGUAGUGAUCACAUCAGCCCGUCGGGCUGGUGAAUUGUGUGCACUUAGAGUGGACCAACCCUUCUUACGUUUUCACAGGGACAAGGGAUCCCGCUCGAGGAUGUGUGUAAGGCUGCUGUUUGGUCACAACCAAUGACAUUCAUCAGACAUUAUAGGCUGGACGCCAGGGCCAGACAAGAUGCAGCCUUUGGGAGGGCAGUGUUGCUUUCUGCCAUACAUUGAAAAGAUUACACUGUAAAUAAAUUACACAGUUGUUUGGUUUACAUACUUUAUUCUCUGUUUGAUUUUGAUGAUAGACACUCCCUCCUCCUCUGAUUGUAGCUCGCUAGUCUAACCCAUUUGUGUGAUUCGCAGAGACCAUGAAGAAGAAGGACAGGUUGCUCACCUGUAACUGUGUUUCUUCGAGUGGUCAUCUGCGAAUUCACACAAACCCACCCAUCCGUCCCCUCAGUGUCAGCUCAAUUGAUAACGCUUGCUGCCGCGCUGUAUGCGGCUCAUUCGGAACUGAAGGAGAGCGGACCGAUAGGGGUCUUAUAUACGGAUGGGCGGGGCUACCGCCAAAAAGUUGCAAGAGGCUGCAGAAAGUUACAUGACUUUCUGCCCAGAGAUUCUAGAAGUUUCCGAGUUUGCUGCGCAUGCGCAGAAAUAACCCAUUUGUGUGAAUUCGCAGAUGACCACUCGAAGAAACACAGUUACAGGUGAGCAACCUGUCCUUCUCAGUAUUUAAUUGUCCAGUAUUUUCCCAGUAUUUCUGUCAUGGGUCAAGAACUGCAGGACCUGGACUUAGAGGAAGAGUCAGAUGAGAAGGCUGAGGAAAGGACCCAGGCAAGUCUUCCAGACAGGGAACAGCCUGAAGCUCUCGCUGUUGCAGAGCAGCCAGCCAUUCCUGCUGGAGAGCUUCAGCCAGCUCAUCCUGUGGAAAUGGAGGACAAGGGCAAGACUCACCUGUUGAUGAGACAGAGGACGCAUCUGGGGUCUUAAGUCCUCAAUGAAGGAGGAGGAACAAAAGGAUCCAGCAAAAGAUAGAGCUAAGAUGCUUGGCCAGGCUGUGGGCUAAGCAGCAAGCAAUCUCUGAUUAGAACCAGCUGGUGUCAGGCUAUUUAAGAGAUGAGUUUGCUUAAGGAGUUGUGGGAAGCAACUUGUCUAUUUCCUGGCCAGCAUUUUUGUUACCCGUUUUCUUACUCCUGCAUUUCCGGUUUUGGACUUCCUGGCUUCCUUGACCCUUGGACCCUUGGACCCUUGAUCUUCAUUAUU